AUUUCUCGUCCUGUUUGGAGGGACGCACAACGGAAAGUCCGUUCGCUCCGUCACUGACAGCAUUUUCAUCUUGUUCUUUCAGAACGAAACACACUGACUUUUAUGGAACGGGAAUUUACUGCUUUGCGCAGCAAUAAUCUGACUAAGGUGACUCGAUGAAUUCAAACAAUAAAAUCAAGGAGCAAGAGAAAGGUUUUGUGGUUUUAAAGCUUCUGACAAGAAAGUUCGCGCGGUCCUUAACAGCUCAACUGAAAGACGCGCGGGGACUCAUACUACUGUGAGGUGCGGUGUACAGUACGACUCUUUUAAGCCUUUACCGUGUUACUGUCAGUAAUAUUACCUGCUUUUUAUCAGGUACUGCCUCUAUUUAGUAAAGGCGGAUAUCUGUUGCUCGAGAACUGCUUCAACCAUUAACGUUUAGCAGGUUGCUCAUUGUUUCAGCGCUCGUGUUCAUCUUUAGAAAUCAGAGGUAUUGUUGUUUACCGAGUUUACCGGCGCCUCACGGGCUUCUGCAAUGCGAGACUCGGAUUCAAACCGUUUGACAUUUCUUUGGAAAGCCAGUCGACUGUCAAAUUGUCACUGAAUCAAAUUGAAUGAGCCGGACACCUGGAUUGCUGAGUCGCAAGCUCACGGCCUAUUGAACACAUUAGCACCUGUCACAUCAGUCCAGCCAAGGUCAUCGCUCCUUCCCUUCAUUCUCCAUUCGACUGUUAAACACCAAGUCCCGGGGGUCUGCUCUUCUACAAUGGAGAGCCUAAGUGAGCUUCAGAACCCUCUUCUGGAUAAGAACAGCAAGCACAUGGUGAUGGCCGACUACGGCUACGGAGGCGACUUCCACAGCAACCAGUAUCAGGAGAACAUUAUAAACUACUUUGUGACUGGAGGAGGAGGUGGAGGAGGUGGCGGCGGAGGUGGGGUUGCGGUCACGGGAGGAAACGGCAAGGCUAAAGCCCAGCUACUGGACGCCACCUCUCUUCACUUGGCGGUGGAGGCCUUUUACAAGCCUAACUUCAUCCUUUACAAGGACGACGUGAGCGGCAAGGGCAAGGAUUACAAAAAUGAGUGCUGCGAGACCACCUUCAUGGAGAAGAAAGACAAGGACGUAGCGGUGGAGACCCCGAGUACGGAGGACCCGCAGGCGAAACUGCUGGACGAAAACGAGGUGAAAAUCCAGACGGUGUCUUACGAGGUGGAGGAAGAGGAAUACGUGGAGUACGAGACAGAUUGCUCCAGCGACAGUGAGAGCGAGGACAACUUCAUCGUCAUCCCUCCUCGUGAUCACCUGGGCCUCGCUAUCUUCUCCAUGCUCUGUUGCUUCUGGCCUCUGGGCAUUGCUGCUUUCUACUUUUCUCAGGGGACCAGCAAAGCCGUGACCAAGGGAGACUUCCCAUUGGCUAGCAUCGCAUCUAGACGAGCCUUGUUCCUAGCCGCUCUCUCCAUCACCAUUGGGACGGGGGUCUACGUGGGCGUAGUGGUGGCCCUCAUCGCAUAUCUGUCCAAACCAGGCCACAUUUAGCACAGCCAGAGGAGGACUACAGAACUCCACGAUACUACACAACCGCCUCUGAACGUCUUUUUCUAACUGUCUCAUUCUCAUCCCUCCCCGUGGACUGCCUGUCCGCCCAAAUCAGAGAAAGGGAUGAACCAGAAGAGGAUGAACCUGAAGAACUGGGGACUUUAUCACCUCAGUCAUAAUAUAUAAAUGUAAGCUUCACCUUGUGUCACACCACACUGGAUAAAACUUAACUAAGUCUGAGAGCAGUUCAGGUGAAGUAUAUAAACUACCGACAAAUAAGCAAUCCAAUUAACCAAACCCAAAGGGAAGCUAUUCCAAAGGACACAUGUAAAGAUCAAAAGGGACUAAGUGCCCUUGGAUUUGUUUUUCCCUUUCCAACUGUGAUUCGUUCUGAACCUAAAAGAGAAGUCAAGCCGUUCUCCAUUUCUCUCUCUCAUUACUUCCUUACUCCGUUAAACCCUGUAUAUGCGUGUGGCCCAAUUAAACCAGCACUGCUGAAUAUACCAACUGCAGUCUGUGAGCAACAUUAAAAAGGACAGAAUGUUGUCCAAAAUAUCACAGCUUUGUAUGUAAUAAUAAGCGAAUGUGGAGGUCAUACACAAACUUAAAUGCUUAUGAUCACGAUACAGAACUACAGGACAAGAAGUAACUAUCAAAGACAAUGUGGUCCACAUCUAUGAAUUGAAAUUCAUCUGUGAAAUUCAGCACCACUUAUACACAACCUGUAUGUCGUCCCCACUUGUUUAGGGCUUUAUGCUUUGUGUUGUAAAUUCUUUGUAUUUUGUUUUGUCCGAAGUCCAAACCCAACAUAGGCUGCAAGAGUUAUGUGAUGGUAGAAGAAAAAGAUAACAAGGAAAACAAGUGUUUAUUUUAUAUCGGUAAGGAUUUGCUUGACUUUACCCGAUUCUCUUUUACUCCCAGAUGUCUGAACUGAAUAUAAAUGAAAUGACUGUACACGUGGAUGGUAUGGCGAUGUGUCCUUUCACUCCCCAAAUACGUCACUUAAUGCAUCUUAUGAUUUAAAAAAAAUAUUGAGAGUUGGCAAAGCUCAAGACAGAUGGUUAAAAAAUGUACUAUAUACUUUCCUCAAAUCUUAAGAUGGAUGUUUGAACAAAAAGGCAGGUUUUGUUUUCAGGUGAAAGAGACUCAGAUGGAAUCGAUUAAUAAUGUAUUGGAUGUCUCCAAGCUCGCAGGCAUGAGAACGAACACACGGGGGAUGUUGAGUUAAAGGUCGACUAGUCUAUUUCAACAACAAUGGAGACUGAAUCUGGUGUAGUCAUCCGCAUAAGAACUUCAAAACAUGAAAACUAUGGGUUCUCUGGUGGCUAAAUAGUGAUUCGGUGCUUGACUUGAAUUCCUGUGGUACAGACCUCAGUUGGAAGCUGGUAGAAAGCUUCCCAUGGUAUUCUACACAAGUUUACAUAUUUACAGUGUGAGGCCUUUAAGAGGUUGGAUUCACAAAACAUUCAGUUCUUUCAACAUUCAAUUCUUAUUCUUCAAAAUUUUAUUGUAAGUAACCUCUUAAAGUUAAACUAAACUAACCUCAAAGACAUUUUCCUGCCCCAGGAGUAGGCACAAAAACAUAAUGGAGUGUCUAUUUACACUAAGUGCAAAUAGCCCGCCUUGUUGGCCCACCAGCCCAUCAACGUGUGAUUGGGAUAGUCAACACUGCAAAAAGACACUUGCUUUACGUCAGUUUCAGUGAUGUAGAGGGUAAAGUGCUUGCUUUUUGGCACGAGGGACCCGAGUUCGAAUCCGCCUUUUGCCAAACUUUUUUCAUAUCGCUACGUAAAGGCAUUUAUUUUCAAUAAAAAUGAAGAAAAUAAUCAAAAAGUUGAAAAUAAAGUAUCGGGUAGGUGUAGGGAGGGCUUUAUUGUCCCAAUAAGGUGGCAUCCAUUUAAUAAUUUGAAUUAAAACUAUAAUUUACACUCAAUAUGUUAUUAUUGCGUACUGUUUUACAAUACUAAGGUACAGAUAAUUGCCACUAUUUGCAAUAAGUAGUAUAAAUAGCAGAAAAUCUUGCUAUUUUAACAGUGUAAAUAGAAUCUAGCUAUUUCCACUUUGUCUAAAUAGCACCUAAUUGCUAUUUAAAUAUAGUGUAAAUAGCAUCUAUCGCUAUUUACACUUUGUGCAAAUAGCCACUGUCAAAACAUAAUAGCUGACAUCACGGUACUUACAGAUUGCAUAUGCUUUUUGAAUUCUAGAGAAACUAAUUCACAAGGACUUAAAUGUGUGUGGAGAACCGUUCAUUGUGAAAAGAGCAAUCUGGUAAAGGUCAUACUUUACAGUCUUCAUGUAAAAGUGUGAGUACAAACGUACUGAGCAACAGCAAGAAACAAGCUGUACUUGGACUUCUGUUAUGAGAGUCGAGUAACUUCCACCUGGAGUUAAGUAUCGUUAUUGCUAUUAUUAUACUGCUGAAUUAUAUCGAUGUGUAAAAAGUGUAACCUAGACACUGUAAAAUAAAUUGUAAAUGGAUACAACUGAUCAAAAAUACAUUUUCUCAAAUAAGAGUCAACAGAUCAGGGAAAAAUGCCUACAGGAGGACAGGUUUCUAUUGGUGUGGUGCUUUUGUCAAGGUUAACAUAUUUACUCAUUGCCAGUGCUGUAAUCUGAAAGACGUUGGUGAGAAUGAAUUCACUGAAUCACCAAGCUUUUAUUAGACAAGAAUGAGCAGAAAUGAAAAAUGAGGCUACGGUUGAGGAUUUUACAGCUAAUUCACUGUUCAUAUCUGUGCUGUAAGAACUAAUUACCCUUAAUGCUUAAUAUAUGGCACCAAAAUGAAUAAAUUCUUAUAGCAGUCAUAUCAGAACUUUUGUAGGUUUUUAUCCAAACACAGCACGCUUCACAUACUUGAAAUAGUAUGUAGCAGAAUGCACAACAGGAAAGAAUAAUGCCUGGAUGGCUAAACGCAAACCUCUGCUGCUGCUUCCUCGGAGCCUGUGAUGCAUAGCACACACUUACUGUAAGACCUGCUGGUUUUGUUGCAGUCUUUAGCAAAUGCAUUUCCACUGCAACCACCGGAGCGUUGAAAGCCAACGUGGGACACUUGCAGUCUCUCAGCGCAGGUCAUGCAUUAGUCAUACCUGACAUUUACGGUUCACAAUUAGCUUCCCAUAAUGGCUUUUUCCGAGGACGUGUCUGGUCUCCAGAGCAUAGCUGGAAAUAGCAAAACAGAAUCGGUUUUUACAAAUAACACUCUACGCUACUUUGAAGCUUGAACAAGCAAAUCUUUGCUAUUUUUAAGCGCAGUGAAAAAUAAAAUUAACACGUGGGUUACAAACUACAAAUUAGGGUAUCACACUUGCAAAAACUCAAAUUGGCUGUAAUGAAAAUGGGUUUCACUUUCCAUCAAGGUCUCAGCUGAUACUAACAUGCUAUCAAGCCGUUUACGUUUUUUUUCCCUCAUGUGUUUGCGUCAUUAAUUUCUAAAUGAACAGUGUCAGUGUCUGCCCUCCCUUGAUUGUGUAUCAGCCUGGUCCUUUUUCCCCCAUUUUACGUUUCCAUAGUGACUAGUCAUUUUCAGACUUUCAUUUUAUGCCACAUGCAAUGAUCUACACUGUAAGAUUAGUGAGAUUAAAUGUGCAUUUUACCUUUGAAAGUUUUAAUUGCAAUCAUUUCUAUCUGCUUUGUGUUUUGUCAUUGUCAUUCAAAUGGUGUUUUUAAGGCUGUAAGGUUGUUUUGGUAUCCCUCAUCAACAAACUGAGGAAUGUCUGCUUCAAUUAAAACAAAAUGAGAGAGAGAAAGAGUAAAGUGUUUAUAAAGAAUGUCAGUGUUUUCUUGGUAUUGUAAUACUUUGAGUUCUCUCAUUCAUGAUCAGAAUGUGCUUGUGAGACAGUGACAAUGUAAAUACUGCAAACUAAAGACGAGAUGCAGCGGUAUAAAAUAAAUCAUU